UAUGGGAAAACCCUAAUAACUCACUGCAGAGAUCGAGAAACCUCGAGAGAAGAGAGAGAGAGAGAGAGAGAGGAAGCGGGGGGCUGAUCGAAUCGCGGGAGGGUAACAAUGGCGACCAUCAUGCAGAAGAUCAAAGACAUAGAAGACGAGAUGGCAAGAACACAAAAGAAUAAAGCAACAGCGCACCAUCUUGGUUUGCUUAAGGCUAAACUUGCAAAGUUACGUCGGGAUCUCCUUGCACCUCCAUCAAAGGGAGGUGGUGGUGCUGCUGGUGAAGGCUUUGAUGUUACUAAAAGUGGAGAUGCUCGAGUUGGUUUAGUGGGGUUUCCUUCUGUUGGAAAGUCAACACUUCUUAAUAAGCUAACAGGCACUUUUUCUGAGGUUGCUUCGUAUGAGUUUACCACAUUGACAUGUAUUCCUGGUGUGAUCGGUUACAGAGGUGCUAAAAUCCAGUUGUUGGAUCUACCUGGUAUCAUUGAAGGUGCAAAAGAUGGGAAGGGUAGGGGGAGGCAGGUAAUUAGCACUGCUAGAACAUGCAAUUGCAUUUUAAUUGUUCUUGAUGCAAUAAAGCCUAUAACCCACAAGCGACUUAUUGAAAAAGAACUGGAGGGCUUUGGCAUAAGGUUAAAUAAAGAACCACCAAAUUUGACCUUCAGGAAGAAAGACAAAGGUGGUAUUAAUUUCACAUCAACAGUGACAAACACAAACUUGGACCUGGAAACAGUGAAAGCAAUUUGUAGUGAAUACAGGAUACACAAUGCUGAUAUUUCUCUUAGAUACGAUGCCACUGCUGAUGACCUUAUAGAUGUUAUUGAAGGGAGUAGAAUAUAUAUGCCUUGCAUCUAUGCUGUGAACAAGAUUGACCAAAUAACACUCGAGGAACUUGAGAUUCUAGACAAGCUUCCUCACUACUGUCCUGUCAGUGCUCACUUGGAAUGGAAUCUUGAUGGACUGCUAGAAAAGAUAUGGGAAUAUCUUGAUCUAACACGCAUAUAUACAAAACCAAAAGGAAUGAACCCUGAUUACGAGGAUCCUGUUAUCCUCUCAUCCAAGAGGAGAACAGUUGAGGACUUCUGCAACAGAAUCCAUAAGGACAUGCUCAAACAAUUUAAAUAUGCCCUGGUUUGGGGUUCCAGUGUGAAACAUAAGCCCCAAAGAGUUGGCAAGGAACAUGAGCUUGAAGAUGAAGAUGUAGUUCAGAUCAUAAAGAAGAUUUGAGCCAAUGGAGAAUUCAUUAGACCUUCAGGUGAUGUUGGACCAGCAGGUGUCAAACAAAAGCAAUGAAGAACUAAUUUACAUCCCCAGUAGCUCUGCAUUUCAAGUCUAUUUGGAUUGAGUUCCUGAUGUUUGUUGGGCCACAUUUUGUGUUCAACUAGGCUUAAAAUUGAGUGUUGAGGACCGUCACUGUGAAGUCUAAAAAGCGCUUUUAGUAAACUUUGGAGGCAUGUACAAACAAUUAACUUGUAAUGUGAGGGCAAGAUUAGUGUUGUAGUUUGUUGAAUAUCUACAGAUAAUUAAACAAUUUAUCGUUUUGUUUUCUUUCCCUUU